UUUCACUCGUACGCACAGUUCUAUGUCAAAAGUUUUUGAUAGAACCGUCAUUGACGACCGUAAGAACGAUACCUUUAGAGGUAACUCGCUACCUCUAUUUUUUAUCGCACUAUGUACGAUAUGCAUGUCUGUACUAUAUUCCAAUAUUCUCACCUAUCAUAUCACUAUCACACAACUGCACAAUUACGGGAAUGGGUCGAUCACUGAUUACUACGAUGAGUUUCGAAUUCAUGAAAUCAACGACACAACACGAGUGAAUGUCACUUUCCACAAGCACAAAUUUCUAUCGAAUCCACAGAAAGAAUCUCUCAUAGCAGUAUGCCCCCUCGGUGGAUUGAUAGCAUUCUUUCCAGUGGCCUAUGCCUAUAAUCAGAUGGGAUUCAGGAGAUGUUUCGUACUCUGCGCAGUCCUUGCCAUUAUUCCGUCCGUAUUCAUUCCUCUUUGUACUACUGCUAAAACAUUUUUACUAGCAUGUGUUAUUCGAAUUUUGCAAGGUUUUUCCCUUCCCGCCUUUCUUCCCUACGUCUGCAAAAUGGCUUUAUUCAUACCUAUGGACAAUAUCGCAGUGCCAACCAUAAUCUUCGCCUACAUGCAGCUUGCAGCAUUUUUCGCCUUUCCAGUCUAUUCCCUUAUGUCAUGGAGCUUCCUGGGGUGGCAUUCUGUACACUAUGGUGCAUGUAUCGCUACAGCUGUUGUCUUUCUGUUUUUCAUUCUUAUCAACUACGACGACGAGUUUAAGGAGAAAGUCGGAAGGGAGGGAAUGUUCAAUGCGCUUUUUACCUAUGAGCGUUGUCGUUCGCUAGUUCUUCAUUUCAGACUGCCAUACCUUUCCAUAUACCAGGACAUCCGGGUAUGGUCUGUGUUUGCAGCAGCUUUUGGAUAUUUUACUGCAGUAAACAUUUACCUUACAUUUGGUCCUACUUUUCUGAAUAAGGUAGUGCAAAUACCAAUAGUAGGAAGUGGAUUUCUGCUCAUGAUCCCACCAGUUCUCAAUACGGUGAUUGCCUUUGUCAUGUAUGGACUCUGGUCAAGAUUAGCAAAUUCUGCACAAAACAAACUGCGGUUCUUCAACACUAUGGGUACUAUCCCAUCUGGCAUACUCUUCAUGAUGACUGGAGCAUUCGAUCCUGAUACGCAACCAAAAUCUGCUACGGCUCUAUUCAUUGUGGCUAGCUCACUUCUUGGCUUUUCCUCAUGUGGGUUCUUCAGAAUGAAUCAACUUCGUUCAAAACAGCAUCAUCUAUUUCUUCUUGCAAAUCUGUUCGUCCUGAAUUGCAUCUCAAUGUUUUUGACAUCAUUAUUCAACGUCUUGAUCGCCCAUAACGACGACUAUUCAUCUUGGGCAGCAGUCCUAAUACUUCAUGGUGCGAUUCUUAUUGUUACAAACAUAUUUUUCUGCCUGUUUGCUAGCGCUGAAGCUGCAGAAUGGACCAAAGAAGGUUACGAGGAUUCGUCUAUUCGACCAACACGAGAGGAUCCUUUACCGCAACGACCUCUCUAGCCGAGUUUCUUAAUCAUGAGACUAUGGUAGAUGUCCUCAACACUUCAUAUCUCCACUCAUUGAAGACCGAAUCAAUUCAGCACAUUGAUUCCCAACAUGUCGACAUCGUCUCAACAGGAUUCGUUCAUCC